GGGAGGCCGCGGGGGCGGGGAGCCGGGCGGGGCGGCUGCGGGGCGCGGGGACCGGCCGCCGGGGGCGCGGGGAGGCAUGGCGUGGCCCUGCAUCAGCCGCCUGUGCUGCCUGGCGCGGCGCUGGAACCAGCGGGACCGCUCGGACGUGGCGGUGCCGCUGACCCUGCACAGCUACUCGGACCUGGACAGCGAGGAGCCGGGCCCCGGCGCCGCCGCCCCGCGCACCGGCGCGCCCCCCGCGGGCGCCCGGGCCCCCGGCCGGGACGUGCCCCGCACGCAGUACCAGCGGGACUUCUGCGCGUGGCCCGCGCCCGCGGGGCCCCGGGAGGCGGCGCAGGGGCGCAGGCCGGGGGCGGGCGGCCGGAGGGGCGCCUCUCCCGCAGCCCCUGGGGGCCAGGGGGUCUACGUGCUCCCCAUCGGGGACGCGGACGCGGCUGCGGCGGCCACCUCGUCGUACAGACAGGAAUUCCAGCCCUGGACCGGAGUCAAGCCGUCACGAUCCACGAAGGCGAAACCGACCAGGGUGAUCACAACCCACAGCUCGGGAUGGGCCGGCGGCCCUGGGGCCGGCUUCCAGGUCCCCGAGGUGAGGAAGACGUUCAGUCCUAACCCCUCAGCCAUCUUCCAGACGCCAGCUCCCCGGAUCCUCCACGUGUGACUCCCGCCGAGCAGGGUGCCAGCGGCUGGAGUCUGGGUGGGUCUGGGAUGGCUCCUGCCUUCUCACCCUGGGGCGCAGCUGCCACCGGGCUGCAGGCCUGGCACGAGGGACAUGGCACCUCAGCCAUCCUCAGGAAGGGUGCGGAAGGCUCCAAUCUUUUAAUUGCCACCCUUAUUUUUAAACCGGAAGAACGCGAGGAUCAAUUCUGUUGUGACUGAACUGGCCCAGGGGCGCUGCGGCAUGUGGACAGCAGGUCCCGGAGCCAGUCAUGCCUGCUGUGCUCCCGCUGCAUGGUAACUCACACCUGCGGCGACCCAACGUAACGUUCUGGGAUGUUCCUACAAAUGUCCCACGUGACCCAACCACAAGAAACCUUAGUUAUCACCUGCAUGAGAUUCAGAAUUACCAGGAAGAAGUUGCCAAAAGAAACUAUCAAUCACAGGGUUUCAAUUUUAAAGACUUAGUUUCUUUAUGGCCAAGAUUA